GGAAACAGAUCUGAUAAAGACAAUUACAAUUUAUUUCUGGCAAAUGUCACUUUUAUUAAUAAUUUCAACAAGUUUUGCGAGUAUUAAUUAAAAAUAGAGGCGAAGUUUUUUUUAAUUAAAUCACUUGAAUAAUUUAGAUAUGCUUGAACUUGGUGGGGAAAAGUAAUAAAAGUAUAUACAAAACUAUACAAAGAAAAAAAUGGCACAGAAUCUAGAUUGUGCAACGAACUCUAUUGAUUCCGAACUUUUGGAUUGCCUUCGAAGAAAUAAAAUAACAGUUGAUGAUUUCUCAUUUGAUGAGGUCAUUGGCCUCAUUGAGGAUAUUUUAAUGGAGGACGAUUUUCAAGAAAUGCAACAGCGUUAUUUGGAAAAAUAUUGGCAAAUUUUUGAGCCAGUUGAAGAAAAUAAAUUGGUUUACAUGGAUAUUUUUAAUGAUUACAAUAGAGACAUAGAAGCAUUUUUGGAAAACAGUCUCAAAAAAGUUAUACCCAACUUUUCAAUGACUACAUUUUUAAGUCAGUUGAGUAUGAAGAAAUCCGAGUUAGAAGGUGAAAUUUUCGAAAUACUCUUAUCAUUCACGGACUUUCUUGCUUUCAAGGAAAUGAUCCUCGACUAUCGAGCUAUGAAAGAAGGAAAAGUUCAAGACCUCAGUGGAAGUUUGUUUGUAACAUCUUUGAAAUCGGGAAAUAAUUAAGAAUCAUUGAAAAAAACCAAUGCACCUAGCAAACCGUUCUUUAAUCUUAAGUAUACGUUGAAAUAAUUUUGCGUUAAUUUUUUUUACACAAGAAGAAAUUUCGACUUUUGUAAAUAACAAAGAACUGCAAUAAGGCUGUUAAUUUUAUAAAAUAAAUAUAUCAUUUGACAAAUUAA